AACGUCGGCUUCGCUUCGUCUUUCGUCUCUGAAAAGUGGGAAAACCUCUUAAUAUUUCUUUUAAUUUCCAUGCGUUUCGUCUCUUGAGGUAGUAAGAGGCGGAAAACAACUUAAUUAAGUACACUGAAGUGAUUUAAAGCAUUUAGACGAUUUCAAUGGCUUCGGAGACUCGAACUUCAAUCAUGGCACAUUCGAGAGUGGAUGGGAAGAAAGGAGAAGAGAAAGACACUGACAACAACCAACACGUGUCUAAGAUAGAAAGCGAUAGUGACGGGGAAUACCACGGUUAGAGAAUCAAAACCACAAUGUCCUUCCCGGGAGAAGUGCAACUUCUUCCUGGAAAUCGUAAACACCUAUGAAUUGUUCUUAAAUGUUUGUUUUUGCAGAGCCGGGGAUGAGAGUCGGUGAGGAGUACCAAGCCUCCAUACCAGAGCUCGUUACCGAGAGUAAGUUUCCUGUGUUUACGUUAAAUGAAGAUGGACAUUUCUUGCUGUGAAAGGCGAAAAAUGAUUCAAUUAAGAAGUUGUUUAACUGAUAGAGGGCCUGAUAGAGAUAUUCUUUAAAAUCGGAAAGAUUUUUACUUCACCGGCCCGCCGACUUGUAAUUGCACAAAUUUUGACUUAACUUUGAUGGUUUCUUUCGUUAAUUCUUUGAACUUUUUGAUGUAUUUUCCACCGCAUUUCAACGCAUUUAUGACUUAAGUAUUUUAACUUUGCAUCGAUCUGAUUAUGUGCAACUUGUUUUAGCUAAUUAAAACUCGGAACUUUAAUAGGGAUUUCGCGUUACUAUGUCGCACUGGAAAUACAUGAAGUACUUUGUGAUAAGAAUUUCGUGAUUUUUUCCUGACUUAAGCGAGUUUCCGGUUCGGUCGAUCCCUCGUUUGCAUCUUUUAAUUGUAAGCUAAGACCAGCAUUUACAAUUUAUCAUUUAAACCUUCCAUAAAAUUCCUGUUUUAAAACGUUAAGUCAGGAAAAUUACUUUGAUGUUCUGACAACGAGAAGGUGAAUGGAUGGGAAUCGAAGUUUUGGGAAAAGCUUUUCAAAACACCAUUUUUUUUAACCAGAACGCUUUUUUUUACAAGUUAAUACAGUAAGGAUGCCAAAAUUCUAGUUUCUUUGUUCAUAGAUGACAAAAAAAUGUUUUAUACUUUGGCUCUUUUACCAACAUUCAAAUUUUGAUGUUUCUUCACUAUGAAUUAUUUAUGCUUGGUUUAAACCAGUCUGUGUUUUAUCCUGCAGCUGGUUUUUCAAGGCAAAGGGUGUUUGUUGCAUAAUUUGCUUUAAAUCUCAUGAUUUGUCAUAGGUAUCAUGAGAUCAAUUUACAAAUGAUUUGUACUUGAUUGAAAAUAGUUCAAACUAUGCAGUGCAUCAUCAAAAUCCACACACACACAAUACACCUGUGUACAUUGUGCAGUUGUGAACCUACUAAUCUGGCUUAAGAAUGGAAUAGGUUUUGCACAGUUUUAGAAAUGCUUCACUUAACCAAAAUAAUGCUCUCAUUUUAUCCAUUAUGCCUGGCUCGCAGAAAGACUGUGAACAGCAUAACAACACAAAGAGGGGCAACAGAGGUAGUAGGUGUACCACCAAACAUUGUGUUUUGGAGUGAAGGUUCAACCAAACAUUUUGUCUAUUUUUCAAUUGAAGUAGUACUAAGCACACUGAAAUACAUCUUUAGUUGACUCGUGAUUUAGAGGUACAUGAAUGAGGAAGGUUAAAGGUAAAGUCAGUUCUCACUUCAUGUCACCCAUCCAUUUGAAGCUUGUUUAAGUGUCCAUGGCAUGAAGCUAUUAGGAGUAUCACGACUCCCCCCUAAAUGGGAUGCCAGUCUGUCUCAAAGUUAGCCCCUCUGCCUUCAUCAUUUCAUCAGGCUUCCCUGCAUAAAUUAGUGUAGUAAAAUUUUCCUAUCCAUUUAAUUCGUCUUUUUUUUUUCUUUUGUUAUUCUAAAUUCAGACAAGGAGGAAGCUAAACAUGACUCAACUCUUCGCCAUAAUGCUCUUCUCGUGUGGGCCCCUGUUGAAGAUAUUCCAAAUUCAAAAUGUAAGUACAAUAACUUUCACAUAAUUUCCCACUAAAAUAUCACCUUUUGUUCUGUUCUUUUACUGUGUUAACAUGCAUUAACCAUUUUUGUGUCCAGCAAAAACCAUUAUGAGUUUUUUUUCAGGGUUGAUGUAACCUUUCAACUUCAGGCAAACAUACAAGUGAUUCAAUUUCAGUCAAAAAAUUGCUUGAGAUGAUCUUUAACUAUUAAAAAAAAUUAACAACAAGCCACUAGCAAAAAUUAUUGCAACAGUAGGUGUUUUUAAGAUUGGAGAGGAUUAUCUUAUUGCACAACAUUUUUGUUUGGAUUAUUGAUGGUAAAGACAUGUAUUUACUGGAACAGCAACAUGUUUAAUCUGGAUUAUAACAGUGCUUUUUCAAAUCAAGUAAUGAUAUUUUCUCAUGUUUAUGCAAUAUACUGGUACACAUUUGUAAUGUGCAAGAUACAUGUCUUUCAAACAAUUGCACAAUUGAUUCUGUAACUGUUAUUUGAUGGAACCUUAGUCUUUAAGUUCAAAUUGCUCAUGAAAUGUCUUUUUAAGUUUAUUUUCUGUUCAAUUUUCAGUGGAUGAUUAUGUAACAGUAGCAAAGGACAAGCAUGGAUACAAUGUUGAACAGGUAUGGGCACAUUUUUGGACUUGCGUUUUUGCAUUUACCUUAGUUUACUUUCUGUAUUUACUGCUUUAAUUGCAGUUUGCUGGUAAGAAUCUGUUGGUCUCCUGAGUUCACUUUUUUCUGAGCAUUCUCUUUUUUACCUCAGGCACUUGGAAUGCUGUUCUGGCACAAGCAUAAUCUAGAUAAGUCUCUGACUGAUUUGGCAAACUUUACACCUUUCCCAGGUAUAGGUUCAAUUGUGUUUUUAGUAAAAUGUCACCGACCAUGUGUGUGAUGAUUCUUUAAUCACUGGAAAGAUGUUUGUAAUAAUGCCUAAGUAACAAUUCAUGCAAUAUCAAACGUUCACUGUAUUUUGCAAGAGAAUGCAGGACAAUUUGCAGUGGAAAUGUGCCAGUGUUCCAGAAUUCACUUAGGACUUUCAGCAUUCUCCCUUGUUUUAAACAGGAUAGGUUGAAGAAAUUUUUAAACUAUACAUAGUAAAGUAAUCCUUUUACCGAUGGAGUUUUCAAGAAUUCCAAGCAAUUGUCGGCAGUAUUUAGAGUUAUUGCAGGCAAUAAAUUUUACUGGUUACCCCCUGAAAAGGAGAACAUUGGUCUUUUUUCCAUGUUUCCCUCCUUUGUAAUCACAAAUGCGUGAUCAUAAAUUUGUAAUUCACUCAGGAAAAAAAAUAUAAACUACAGUAUGUGACACCAAACCACUUUUGUUUAGAAAAACUAAGUAGAUAAUGUUGUGCCUUAAAUCAUUAGUUAUAUGUACAAGGUUCAGAUAUAGGCUAUGAAAACCAUUAUGAUCACAGCUGGUGAUGAUCACAGCUGGUGAUGAUCACAGCUGAUGAUAUAGGCCAUGAAAACCAUUAUGAUCACAGCUGGUAAUAUAUAUUACUCAAUUUCUCUCUUUUUUUUGCUUUUUAUAAUUUUGAAUUACCAAUAACCAGAUGAGUGGAGCAUGGAAGAUAAGAUCCUGUUUGAACAAGCAUACAGUUCUCAUGGCAAAAGCUUCAAGAGGAUUCAACAAAUUGUGAGUAUAAAUGCAAUGUGAUCUUGCAUGUAUAACUGUGAAUUUUUUAGUGUAAUGUGUAAUAGUGGAAACUUGGCAUUUAUUGGGACAUGGAUCUCCUUGCCUUGGUUUGUUCUGUUGCUGUGUGCAACUUGCAAAGCUGUGAAACAAUAAAUGAUAUCUCUGUAUGGAGUUGUGUCAUUUUUAUUGUUUAACACCAGAAAUGCAAGUCAUUGGUUUUAUAUUGUUUUAACUCUUAGUUGCCUGACAAAUCAGUAGCCACGCUCGUAAAAUAUUACUACUCCUGGAAAAAAACCAGAAGCCGAACCAGUUUGAUUGAUCGGCAAGCCAAGAAGAUGGCUGUUCAAAAGGAACCCAUCAAGUAAGUCAGUAAAGUUAAAUUGAAGAAAUAUGGGGACAGGGAGCUAUGAGGAGGUUAAGAGAUGCUCCCUUAUUCAGGAGAUACUCUUACCCAUUAUAAACAAGCAGAUGAAAUAAUUCAAAUAUCCCUAACAAGAAAAUAAGUAAAAAACAUGAUUUAAAAACUUCUGCUUCAUUUUGUCUCUUGAAAGGCUUCAAAAGAUUAUUUUGCAGCUUUUUUGAGUAUUGGCAUUUUGCAUUUUAUUUAUCUUGACCCAUUCACACCCAAGAUCCAAUCAGUGAUUUUCCCUACUAACUUAAAAAAAAAUGCUGGCUGGUAAGCUACUCUGUUCUCAUCACUUCUUUACAAGAAAAUUUAUGGAAUUAUGAAGGAGAAGUUGCAUUUUCAUAACUUCUGGGAGUUUAAAGGUGUAAGUCUUAAAAUUACAGCAAGCUAUAACUUAGUCCCACAGCAAACAGAGUGAGUAGAUCUCUGUUAUCACUUGUUGCAAGUAAUUCUAUUAAACUGGUUGAUAAUAGAAGCCCAGAAUCUCUCAGAGCUUUUUAGAUUUUGUCUGUUUGGUUGCAGCAUGUAGAAAUCUUAUGAGAAGGAUUUGCUGACUCAACUUUAUCGCACAAUUUUUCAUUUUCAAACAGUGACCCUGAGAGUGACAAUAGUGACUCAAGUGACAGUGAUUUUGAGCCAGAAAAAGAGGUAACUGGAAAUGAUACUUGAUUGCAGUGGUUUCAUUUUCUUAAUGUUUUAGCCUUUUCCUUUUUUUUUUUUCUUCCUGUGUGUGUAUGUUUACUUUUGGUUGCAAUUCUAUAUUCCUUGUAGAAGUAUGAAGGCAGCUCUUUAACCCUUUAACUCCCAAGAUCUGAUUGGUAAUUCUCCCAUCCAGUUGUUACAGAUUUCCUUGUAAUUUAGUUACAAGAAUUCUGUGUUAUAUCAUGAUGACAGCUUUUAACUGAUAAGUUUGAGUACUCUUGUUACCUGUUUGUUGGAUAGUGUUUGGAUAUUUUAGGGAGAAGUUACAUUUAAAUCACUCUAGGGAGAUAAAGGUUCAUGGUUUUUCCUCAAAUUAACCUUGACUGGCCUCUUUAUCCCCAUUACCCUGCAUCAGCCAUUACUGAUGAGUCAAUAGAAAGUUAAGUAAAGGGGGUAAGUUUCUAAAGAAACAGUGGUUCUGCAUCAGCAGGGAGUAUAACAUGAUAGGUUGGUUUUAUCAACUGAGUUGACAAUUAAAUGUAAAUUGGCCACCAUAAUGAGUUUCUUAAGCUGACAUUUUGUGCAUUAUCCCUUUAUCAGAGCAAAUAGAAAUAGAAAGUCUGUUCCUUAACUACUUAAUAACUUUCAAUAUAUCUUUGAUCGUUGGUGCUUUAAACUAGAUAAAUCUUUCUGAUUUUUUUUCUCUGUAAUAGGCAAGACAAGCAAAUGGUCAAAGCAAACCAAAGAUCAUGAACAAGCAGCCCAUUGUAUGUAUAUUUUCAAUUUUCAAUUUAGAUUACACAAUCAUAUAACAGUUACCAUUAUUAAUAUACACCUAUGUCUGGUGUCCUUCAUGCACUUUGUACUGAGGAAACAGAACUGGUUUUGUAAACAGCUUGGAUGGUUUUAUGAUUACUCCAAUUGCAUUGACUUAAUGUGACUUUGCAAUCAUGUUACACUACAUAUCAUGUUACACUACAUUGAUGUUACACUACAUUGAUGUUGUUAUCAGCAGUUUGUAAGGAACAACUUGCAAGUUCAGUUUGAGUUGUAACAGAUGAUUGUGCAAAAAAAAAUAUGUAAUUUUUUUUAAAUUUUGAUAACUUGCAUUUUAAAAUACCGACUACAGUUGUGCAAAGUUGUGCUCUAAAAAACAUCCAGCCUCACUGCAAAGCUUGACCACUUGUAGUAUUAUUACAUUUUUGUUUUCAUUCCAUAUCGUUAACACUAGUGUUAUUAUUGCUAUUAUCAUUAGAAAUAAUACCCUUAUAACUGUUAUCAUUAUCGUUUAGACACUAAUGUGUGAUCAAGUAUUUUUGCCUUUUUUAUGCAGGGAGCAGCAACGGCAACAAACAUUUCUGGUUCUUGUGCAAAUUGCCGUACACAAGCUAAUCAACUGCAUGCCACCCAGAGGGGGAACAUGUGUAGUGCAUGUUAUCAGUUCUACAGGUAUUUUAUUUCAAUGUCGUGGAGCUGGAAAAACAAGACUAAUGUAAACAUACAACUCACAGCUGCUUUAACCCUGAAACUCCCAUGAAUAACUAAGACAGAAUUUCUCCUUACUAUAUCGAAUACAAUGUUAAGAAGAAAAGUGAUGAGAAUUAGGGAAAAUAUCAAUUAGGGGGUUAUUAGUUGAUCCAAUAUCAAAUUCUCUGAAGUAACAUCAUGAUAGUUGUUUGGCAGACAGUAAGGAGAAUUACUAAUGAGAUCUUGGGAGUGAAAGGGUUGAAGUCACAAACUACACUAACACAAAACUAACAAAUUGUGAAGAUAAUCCUUUGCUUUAUAUCAUUAGUAAAAAAGUACAACACAAUUUGGCAGUACCAACUCUGAGUCUGGCCUCAUUUUACAGGAGAACAGGAACUCUGCGACCAAGGCAUGAAGGAAGAGAGACAAGAGCUGGCCACCGAGGAAACAAAGUAAAACGAAAAGCUCCUAAGGUUGGGUUAUUACAAAUGCAACAGCAAUUGCAUUUAAGCUUGCCUUUUCUGUGCAAAGGCAACUAUUUUCUGCAAGGAUUCUUGUUUUUAUUUCUGUUACAACUAUUUGAACUAUUGAAUAUUGUAAUUUGACUUGUGACACCUCAUUUCCCCCCUCCUUUGUUCAGUCCUCAGUUACUCUCAUUCAUGGUUAAGAAUGCGUUUUCCUUAAUUAACCAAGAACUGAAACCAUAGAUAUGUCAAUGGUUAACCCUUUAAUUCCAAAGAUCUGAUUUUAGUUCUCCCCUUGAGCUUUUUUAAUUGAAUUUGUACGAAGUACAUGUACCCUGUGGAUUAUUAAUGAAUUCUGUCCAUAAUCACUAUAGGGAAUGGUUCUGUCACAGGAAUACCUUGUGUCUGUGUCUGGUACCCUUGGGGAUAAUCAUGUGCGACCUUUGGAGGUGGAUAUUGUCAACCUCAAGAGACAGAUCCAGACAAACAAGCAGGAGAUAAGUCAGCACAAGUACAUGCUGGAUGGUGGUGUAGAAACUAUGAGACCUGGAGAUGUAAGUUGAAUAAAUAAUGAAAGGCAGUGAAAUUGUAUUUGAGAUUUAACAGUGGUAAGAAACUUCGAUAGGGGUUUGAACACUGUUUGAAAGAAAAAAGUGUGUUGGUUAUUUUCUAAGAUCAUAUGACAUAUUCAGAGCAGAACUGCAGUAGCACUGUCACAGUGUCCUGCCCACCUACCCCUCCCCUAACUCAACAACAGUCAAUUGAUAACAAUUUAAGGUUAAUGUUGGGUUAGGGGAGGGGUAGGUGGACAGUUGCCCAGAUACUGAUAUUGAUCCGAUGGCAGUUCACACCCCAUGCUAAAGCUACAAUGGGAGGUUAAAACAUAGAACGGGAUGUUACGAAAGUUUAAUCCUCCCACUCCCCCCCUAAGUAUUUUGAAUUUUGUGUGCUUUAUGAAGUUCUGUGUACACACCUGAAUUGGCAAUAAGUGGUCUUUUGCAAUACCCUACAUACAUUUGAAUGUGGGAUAUGCUUUCAGUUACCAUCCCAAGGAAUUUUGACCUCUUUUGUACCUCUAGUUACACGGCACUUGUGAUGGAAAUUAUACAUACAAUUUACUCUCUUUAGCUUUAGACUUGAUAAGUAUACCAUGAAGAAACAACAAGUGGUCUUUUGUAAUACCCUACAUAUAUAUAAAUGUGGGACAUGUUCAGUUACUGUCCCAAGGAAUUUUGACCUGUUUUGUACCUCUAGUUACAUGCCGCUUGUGAUGAAAAUGAUACAUAUAAUUUACUGUCUUUAACUUCAGACUUGAUAAGUAUACCAUAAAGAAACAACAAGUGGUCUUUUGUAAUACUCUACAUAUAUUUGGAUGUGGGACAUGUUCAGUUACCAUCCCAAGGAAUUUUGACCUGUUUUGUACCUCUAGUUACACGCCGCUUGUGAUGAAAAUGAUACAUAUAAUUUACUGUCUUUAACUUUAGACUUGAUAAGUAUACCGCGAAGAAACGUUUUUUUCUUGUAGUGGAACGUUUUUUUUCCAUUGCUUUUUUGUUUGAUUUUAUAUUUUUUAGCAAAAUAACAAAAACAAUGCCAGAUGGUCAAACGAUGAGCUUCUCUUAGCGGUGCAAUGUAAGUUUGGAAUUAGUUCCUCUUUAUCUUGCCUCAGUCAGAGACUGGUUGACUUUUGAUCACCGAGCGACAAUGUGAUGGUCACAGCAGGGGUUUAUAUCAAACAGGAACCCUGAUUUUGCACGCCCUUCCUCUGCUCCUUGAAUUAACUGGGAAGGAAGGGGCGGAAAAGUAUUUUAUUCUUAACAAGUAGUGUGUGCUGACAGUAGAAGGUAGGCGUCAGAAAUUUCGAUUUCCGUUUAGUGAUAAAACACAACAACGUUUGCUAAGAAAAGUAGUGCAGAUCAUGAAUGCUUUGAUACGGAGAUGAAAGUUGCUCUACUUGAAAACUCGGAUGAAGGCUUGAUAUCAAAUUUAAGUGUGGUUGCUUCGAGGAGGUUUGAUGUUUGCGUAUUUUCUGCAUAGCCGUCAGACGCUAUGGGAAAGACUUCCAAGCCAUGGCUGAAGUCUUGGGCAAUAAGAGUGUCAGCCAGUGCCGAAAUUUCUUCGUAAACUACCGAAGACGCUUCAAUCUUCAACAAGUUCUGGAAGAGUAUGAAGCGGAACAAGGAAUCACAAGCAGUGACAGAAAAGACGAUGACUUGCAGGUUCUGCACAUGUCAGGAUCUCCCGGAAGCAGUGGAAACUCAUCUCCCAAUCAACAAGACAGGUCCUCUCCGUCCAUUCCCAAUCAGGGUAAGUAUUUGUCUUCUGUGCAAUUUUCAAACGUACAUGUAUGGAACAAAAUUGAAUACUGCUGCGUACAUAAUUCUGCUAGUGGAGGCGAUAUGCUUGUUGCAGUUUUAUUCUGUUGGUUCCUGGUUAGAGUUUUGAUGGGAUUUCGAUAUAGCUAGAAUCAUCAGUCACAUAAGUCGAUAAUCAGGGAAAAGGUAAAUAUUCCAGAAGCAGUGAAAAAAGGCUGCUUGAUGCACUGGGGAAACACGAGUGUGCUUCUGAUUUUUUGAGAGGAUGAGUCGCGUUCCCAGACCGGUCACAUAGUGCAGUGAACCUAAACCACUACAUUCCCAGAUGAUCGUUCUGAAUUACCUUGGACUCUCAGAGAAAUUUUUAUUACUGUGGAGAGUAGUCAGAGAUUAGUUUAAAUAGUUUUGCCUAACUUUGCUCUGGGAUUGGUCCAGAAACUCGCGAUACUUUUCCAACCAAUAGGACUCAAAACUUAAGCCGAUCGUGACUAGCUAAGGUAGUUUGCUUGUUUUGUUUUGUGUUGUUUUUUUUUUUGUGAGGUUGAGUUCACAUCGGCUUCCUGAGAAUUUUAUUUUCCCUCUGAUUAACUGUUGUGAUUACUUUGGUUUUGCUUAAACGAUACGCGAUGGAAAUGUGCCCUGAAAAAGUUCCCUGAGGUGAGUUUACGCUGAAAAGCAAAACUUUUGAUUUGCAUCCCAUUCCAGGCCUCCCCAGUCAGCCGCCGCCUCUUCUAAAGCCGUCUGGAUCACAAGCUCAACGUCAUCCUCCCCCCUUGCAAGCUCAGGUCGGAGUCCCACGAACCAGUCAGGGGGGUCUGCAGGGCCCGCCUCCACUGAUAAAACCAAUGGUCCCACCUAUACGACCACAGGUGACGAUCGUGACGAUGUUUAUUCUCAUAAUAUAAUGAAGGGGGUACUUCGUUUUGCUUUUUCUUGUUACGUUUUUUUUUUUCUUUUUUAGAGGGGGAGUAGGGGUUGGAAAGUGAUAGGUUUUGUUCGGAAAUCUUUGAAAACUUAAAGAAAAAAAAACUGCUUGCAUAGUUGAAGCAUCAAGCGGCGUCAAAACGUAAUAGCGAGUGUCAAAGCGGCGAGAAGUUUGGGACGGAUCUACCACGCCUCACGGACUUGUAGGCCUACUAAGACCUUUUGACGCUAAUCAAACAUUGACAUUAACAUGUAGGACAUAGAGAAUACAUAAUAAUAAGUUAAACUGCGCUGUGAAAUCCUGCUCAAGGAACCUUCGGUAGCUGAAGAUUAACUAGAGUUAAGUGCGCUCGGGGAAGAUCUUGAAAAGCGGUAUGGAGUUGACUUGGUCUGGUAGAAUCGGGGCCAGUGAAACUGCGAUGUACGUUUCCGCUUGCUGUGCGUAAGAGCAAGAGAAAAGUAAUAUAACCCUUGAAAAAGUCGCGUCCUCAUUCAGUAAUGGGUGUGUACAUACAUAUAUGUUAUUCACCAGACGGGAGGUCCGUAUUGGGGAAAAACUGUGCCGGAGGUCUUAGAUUUCCAUUCGUUUUACUUAUUUACUGAUUUAUUUUCAGCCACUUCAUCCUCAAGCGAACCCAAUGAUGCGGCAAUCCCCGCCAGCUCACUCACAUCUAAUUCAACAAAUGAUGGAGCAAAACCCCCUCGGUGGUCCUGUCGGUAGAUCUGAAUCACCGCAUAGUGCCUCUGGUACCCCUCCCUUGCGGCAGACACGCUCUGGCAUGUGAUACUAAUGUUUGAAAGUCGGGAAUUUGAAUUCACACUAGUUAGGUGAAAGUAUAUAUAUUUUUCUGCUGAAAAAAAAAAACGUUAGGGUUUUUAAGUUUGAAUCCUGUUUCAUGUAAGUGAUUGAAUUGCAUUGUAGGAGUGUUGAAGUUUUUGUAGUGGUAUGCGAGCGGCUGAAGCAAUUGAGUUAGAAACCGUUUUGAGCGCUUUUCGAUUGAGUGUCGACAACAGCCAACCAUAGUAAGGAAAAUACACCAGGAGUCAGUGAGAACUCGUGGUAAAAGAACAAGCAAGCUGCCUUAAGAGCGGGAAAAGCGAGUGACCAAGCAGCAUUUAGUUUUGGUUUUAAAUCUGAUUGGUCGAAAAAGUGGCACGGGUUUUCUGGGCCAAUCGUACAGCGACAUGAGCAAAACCCACCCUCAACACUCAGUUGAAAAGUGCUCUAUUCCAAAGGCUAUACUCCAAAAGUUCUCCUCAGAAGAAUGCUUUUCUAAGAACAACUAAACGGCAAUUAAAACAAAGAAAAUAUCCCAAGGAGCUAAUCUUAUCUCGAAUUUAUAGCAGUCAAACCACUGGGAGCGCAGGAAAUUGCGAAAACUUCAC